UACCGACCUCAUAAUUUAUUAUAAAAUGAAUCUCAAUAUAAGAUGAAACUCUAUACUUAAAACUAUUCUUUUGGGGGGUUUCCCUCGAUAAAAUUUAAAAAUAUAAAGACAGCUCAAAUGCCGCUUUUAUAUGACCAAAUUUAUCAGAAAUCUUAAUUAUGGCUAAAAAGGGAAAUAAAAACAGGGAUUCCGACGACGAAUAUGUUGGCAAGGCUGUGUCGAAGUCAUCUCAUAGCAUUUACAAGCAUAGGGAACCCAUGGAUAUUAAUUUGAUUGUUGACCACGACGAGGUCGAGGCUGAGAAGAAUAAUUUGCGGUGCUGGAGAGCUGCUUACGCCUCUGGCCCUGCUCGGCCUCAAAGACACCUCUGCGUGAUUUGCGGGUUCUUUGCAAACUACAAGUGUAAAAACUGUGCAAGCAGGCGAAUUGAGGCCAUAAACAGUUAUUACUGCAGCUUAAGAUGCCUCGAAGUGCACAACGAGACCAACUGUGGUAAGGCUGUACACCUGGCUCAGUGGUAACUAAUCGUCAACCUCCAUUUCAACAUCAUCCUCAAAUAGGAAGUUCGGCAUCAAAUCUAAUUUAUUAUUUUAAUUCUUUAAAAA